CUCCCAGAAAUGGGCGAGAGAGCGAGCGGCAAACUUUCAGAGGUCCCGGAGACAGGCUGUGCGCCGCCCGCCCCAGGCGCGCGGGAGUGAGUGAGUGAGUGUGUGUGUGUGUGUGUGUGUGUGCGCGCGCGAGCGCGCGUCUGAGUGUGUAAGGGGCCGAGGCUGGAAAGGAAAGCGGCCGCCUCGCGUAGAAGGAAGGAGCCUCCCCCUUCCUCGUCGCCCCCCUCCCCACUUCCCGUCCAGCUUGCUGUCGCUUCCCCCUCCGCGGGCCUCGGGGCACACGGAGACUUCCCACGGCCGAGAAGCUGGAGGAGCCUGUGGGGCUCAUGCUGGGCGGGGGACCCCAAGGCGCCCCGGCCGGUGGCGGCGGGGGCCACUGCGCAGGCAGCCGGGAUUGCUUACCACCUGCAGCGUCGUCUUUUCGGAGGAGGCGGCUGGCACGGAGGCCGGGCUACAUGAGAGGCACAGCUGGGCCCCGGAUCGGGUUCCUCUACCCAGCAGUGGCCACUCCGUUACGGGCCCAGGGAGCGGCGUGCGGGGAGGAGUCCCUCCAGUCUGAGUCCAGGGCCAGACACUGUGGCCUUGAACUUGGAGGCCAGUGGCGAGGCCCCUCUGUUGGGAGCCCAGCAGCCUCGUCUCUGACCAUUGUGGGCCACCCAGGCCUGGCUCUGACCGCUGUGAGGGGACCCUCGGGGCUCUUUGGGAUUCAGCUCAGAGCUGACACCAAACUACCUGCCAGGCUCACCAGGUCGUGUGGCCCUGGGGACACUGGGUGGCAGGGGGCGCUCCCACCCAUGGACAGUUCUGAGGCCCCAGGCCCUGGCCGGGAAGCUGCCGGCGGUGAAAGAGCAAAGGGCACCUGGACAAAAGGCUGUCUGUCCUCAGAGGAGGGGAAUGGCAGCAGGUGCAACCUUGAAAGUGGCCCCAGGGUCCCCUCUGCCCCGGCCGGCUCUCAGGAUGGCUUCACUUCCAGCUUUAGCUUUAUACGGCUCUCGCUCAGCUCUGCUGGGGAACGUGGGGAAGCGGAAGGCUGCCCGCCGUCCAGAGAUGCUGAGGCCCCUUGUCAGAGCCCCGUGGAGACGGAAGCCAAGGACGCCAGCUUGGACAGGCCCCACGCACACCCUCGACUUCUCUCUCCCCACUUCAACGUCAAGGCUGCUCAGAGCCUGGCCGACCCUGCCCAGAUGGCAGCAGGCAGCCCCCGGCUGGAGUGUGGGACGUGUUCUUUACCGGACGUGGACACUGCCUCCUCCUGCCCUCUGGUCCCCUCGUGGUCAGAGGGCAGCGGCGUGGGGGAUGCUCCCCGUUGGGAAACACUACUCAGGAGGUGCGAGCCUGUGCUGCUGGACUGCCUGCUGAGUGACCAGAGGCAGCUGGAGGUAAAGUCCUUAAGAUUAAAGCUUCAGAAACUUCAAGAAAAAGCAGUUGAGGAAGAUGAUUAUGAUAAGGCCGAGGCGUUCAGACACAGAUUGGAAGAGCUGGAGAAGGAGAAAGGCAGCCCACACUUCCAGCUUCCUUCGAGGCAGCCGGCCCUCUGCAGUCUCCUGGGCCACCUGGACGCACAGGCCCAGGCAGCCUUGCGCCACAGGGCCUCCCAGCUGGCCAGCAGUGACGGCGCCCAAGCCCUGCUCAGAAUGGAGCCAAAGCGGUUCGAACCCACUGCCCAGGACGCCCUGCAUGUGUCCAUCACCAGACGAGACUGGCUUCUUCAAGAAAAGCAGCAGCUGCAGAAAGAAAUCGAAGCUCUCCAAGCAAGAAUGUCUGUGCUGGAAGCAAAAGAUGAGCAACUGAGAAGGGAAAUAGAAGAACAAGAGCGGCUGCUCCCGUGGCAGGGCUGCGACCUGGCCGCCCUGGUGGGCAGGCUGUCCCUGGGCGAGCUGCAGGAGGUCAGCAAGGCCUUGCAGGACACCCUGGCCUUAGCCAACCAGAUUCCCCUCCAUGCAGAACCACCUGACGCCGUAAGGAGCCUCCGGGAACAGAUAAAAACCCUCAACUUGUCACUGAAGGAACUCACCGCUAAGGUGUGUAUGAGCGAGAGAAUCUGCAGCACUCUCAGGAAGAGAGUAAAUGAUAUUGAAAUCCAACUGCCGGCGCUGCUUGAAGCCAAAAUGCUAGCCGUAUCAGGAAACCAUUUCUGUACAGCCAAGGAGCUCACGGAGGAGAUGAGAUCACUAACAUCCGAGAGGGAAGGGCUGGAGGGACUCCUCGACAAACUGCUGCUGCUGAGCUCCAGGAAUGUCCAGAAGCUGGGAAGUGUGAAGGAAGACUACAGCAGACUGAGAAAGGAGCUGGACCAAGGGGAAACUGCCCACGAAACGAGUGUGAAGGAGAAUACUACGAAGUACAUGGAAAUCCUUGAGGAUAAACUGCGUAGCUGCAAGUGUCCACUGCUUGGAAAAGUGUGGGAAGCUGACUUGGAAGCUUGUCGGUUGCUCAUCCAGAGCCUGCAGCUCCGGGAGGCCAGGAGCGCCCUGUCCACAGAAGAGGAGAGGCUUAUAGAAGACUCAGGGGGAGCUACCUGUACAGCCACUCCUGCCAUCCCCUCCAGGCUCCACUCUGCAGACGAGAGGAGGAUCCCUUGGCAGGCCUUCGAAGAGUGGCAGGUUCACCUGACCGCAUCUCUGCACUGCGCUGGCAGCGAACAGAAGGAGGUCUGUCCAUCCCCAUAGCCCCAGCAGGGGGCCUACCCUGAGGGGUACUCUGGAUCCCCCCUCCAAAUGGGAACAGUAAAUAUUGGGAGGGCGACCCAUUGAACCAUGCAAACUUUUGAAGGUUUUAAUAACCCUGGAAUAUGAUUACAAAGUAACGUAGAAUCUUUGCGGAAGUUUAAAAUAUAGAAGAA